CCGUACUCUCAGUCAGGAGCUCGAGUCGCAAAGUUAUCGUUCCUCUCUCUUUUGGUCCCUGUGAGCCAGCGAGCCCAAAAUUUUACCGAGUGUUACCGAGGAAGCAGCAGGAGAGGAAACGGCCGAUCGCCAAUUCGCCCGUCGCAGGAUCGUUCGGGUCAAAUCUCUUGUCACACGCGUAUACCGUCGUAUCGAGAAAUAUCGUACGCGCGCGAUUAUCACUUAAAAUAAACGGCAUUCGCCGGAUUCGCGUACGGCCACACUCGCUCACACCGGAUCGGAGAGGAGGGCGAGCCUGUUAUAUCGUGUGUGAUCAUCCACUGGAGACGGUGUCAACGAGAAAAGGACAGACAAAAUGUCGGACCGAAAAGCAGUAAUCAAAAAUGCUGAUAUGUCGGAGGAAAUGCAACAAGAUGCUGUUGACUGUGCCACUCAAGCUCUUGAAAAAUAUAACAUUGAAAAGGACAUUGCAGCAUUUAUCAAGAAAGAGUUCGAUAAAAAGUACAACCCAACGUGGCAUUGCAUUGUAGGACGUAAUUUUGGUAGCUAUGUGACGCACGAAACAAGACAUUUUAUCUAUUUCUACCUUGGUCAGGUAGCCAUUCUCCUCUUUAAGAGCGGGUAAACUUGUUUUGCUAUCCUCCUAAACAUCCUUUUUCCUUCCUCUUCCUCCCUUGCUCACUAUGCAAAAUACAUACAUUUAAAAUCAC